AUGGAAAGCUCCUGUGAUAAUUUCCAACAUUCUUCACCUGGUCGCAUUUGGGUGAAAUGGAAGAAAGGAAUUUUGAACUUUACUCCUCAGCGUAUUUCCAGUCAACUGAUCCAUGGUUUUAUUAAGUUGAAUGCUCAGCACACCAUUGCUGUCUAUGUUGUGUAUGCUAGUAACUCUUACAUUGAAAGGCAAUCUCUUUGGAAGGAUUUACUUAUUAUUGCUAAUGACAUGAGGCAUCCGUGGACUGUCAUUGGUGACUUUAAUUGUUGUCAUCUGCCUAGCGAAAAAGCUGGGGGAACUCCUCUCACAAACAGCUCUCUUGGUGAUUUUAAUAACAUGAUAUUCAAUGCUGGUUUACAAGAUUUGUCAUCUGUAGGGCAUUUUUACACUUGGUUCAAUCAACAACAAAACAAUCCCAUCCACAUCAAACUUGACCGUGUGUUGAUUAAUGACAGCUGGCUUAAUCUAUUUCCUAAUUCUUUUUAUAAAGUAGGGGAUCCUAAUUGCUCGGAUCAUUCGCCGCUUUUUCUUUUGAACUCUGAGGAGGUUGUUAGGGGACAGAGAUUUAUGUUUAAGAAUUAUUGUACUAAAUUUCCUGAUUUUUGGGAUUGUUUACUAGACACUUUCUCUCAGCCCAAUGAAAGUAGCCAUCUUUGCUCUUUCAUUUACAAGCUAAAGACUCUUCAGAACAAGCUCAAAUUCAAACCCUGGGCAAACUUCAACAAUAUCCAAUCAGAGAUUGAUGCCCUCUCUCAAACUCAACACCAAGUGCUCAGCCAACUUCAGAUUGAACCUCUAAGCAGCAAUCUUAAUGAGAGUCUGAAAGAAAUCAAUUACAAGCUCAAUUACUACCAUUCUACUCUUUCCAGUUGGAUGGCCCAACGUGCCAAGGUUAGAUGGCUUACUCACGGAGAAGAUGAUUUAAAGUUCUUAUAUUCCAAGAUCAAUGUCACAAAAAACUAUGGCCAAAUCAAAGAAAUUUCAAAUGACCUGGAAUCAUUCAACACUCACCAAGGCAUUUCUCAAGCCUUCAUUGGCCAUUUUGCAAAGCUCUUCAACACCAGCACUCAAGCAACAGAAACUCAAGCCAUUCCGGUCGGAAACAUGAUUCCCCCACAUUUAAUCUCCUCUCUCACUGCCCCCAUCACUAUGGAAGAAAUCAAAGGUGUUAUUUUCUCUGGUAAGAAACACUUUUUAGAAUAUAAAGUUUUCUGA